UCUUUACAUCCUUAUCUGCGUACAAUAGAUCAGUCAUGGGUGCAGCAACGGAGCGUUCACCGGAACAAGUGCUCGAAGACGGCCUGCGCAAACGGAAAGACGGUUUGUCGCCGGAGCCCGGGAGGAGGCGAGACACUGCCUUCGAUGCGGCUACCUCCAGGGUGAUGCCGAUCACUCAGGUCUGGAAACCAAGCCAACGCGUCCAAAACAUUACGAUCUGGGUUCUGCUGCUGGCGGCGACAUUUUUCAGCGUCGCGGUCGUGAUCGAAGAGCUUCAGGCGUCCUGGUACCGUUUGCCCGCGCUCGAUGCCUUGAAUAGCCAAUUCUUCGGGUCGCAGAGCCUCGAUCUAGUCCUGAAAUCGACCGUACGUCCCGGAGGCGGAAGGGAUGUAGUCGGACUCCGCUGGAAUGUGUCGCGAGGCGCAAGAAGACCGGAUGGGUUGAACUCCAUGGUCUGUCUUAUAAACGGCGAGCUUCCUGGCCCUACCAUACAAGCACUACCUGGCGAUACGAUUCAUCUAGAGGUCACGUCUUCUUUUGACGGCGAGCUUGACUUGACAUUUGGUGGCUUGGCGCCUUCGAGCAAGAACAUAUGGGCGGCGAUGGGCUCUGCCCAGAAGCCAGUAACGGCGGGCUCGACCAAGAUCUACGAAGUUCAAGUCCCCAGUGACAAAACGGGAACCUUCGCAUAUCGCGCCGCCUCUCGGGACCUGACGGCAUGCGGUGUAUUCGGGGCGAUCGUAGUGGCAGACCCGGCCGCCGAGAUCCUCAACGGAACAGUGGACGAAGAGAGAGUCAUUCUCCUCAACGACUGGCUCCCCUCCGCUCUCGCCUCGCCUUACGAACCGUCGACAAGUGCACGACCACCGGCCUCGGUGCUGGUAAACGGCAAAGGUGCUUAUAACUGCUCUCAGCUCCCUCCAGAUGCCAGGACAGACUGCGCUUCCAGGCUAGGCAAGAGCCGCCCUCACAUGAAGUUUGACGCCGGCAAAGUCUACCGUCUGCGACUCGUCAACGCCGGCACGGCCUCCGGCAUUUCCGUGUCCAUUCCGGGCACGUACAUGACCAUCAUUGAGAUGGAUGGCGGCCAGAAGGUGCAGCCGAAGCGGGCGACGUCCGUCGGUGUUCUUCGUCCCGGGCAGACCGUGGACGUGCUGAUCGACUGGACCGCUGGCGGCGACGACGAGUUCAUCGUUUCCGUGGAGGAUGACGCUGGUGACGCAACUUUAUCACAACACUUUCCCAUCAAGGUCAGUGGCUUUCUCAAUAGGAAUGCCCAGCCUCCACCGCCAAGGCACCGCGACCUGCUUCGCUUGAUUCCGUUGUCUUGAACAAGAGAUGCCUGGGCUGGUUACAUCAGCGGACAGCCGGCGAGUCAAUUUCUUUUGAAUCUGAGCAUUUGUUUCUUCUUUCGAAGCUGCGUGAAUUCUUUUGAAUCUGAGCAUUUAUUUCUUCUCGCGAAGCUGCGUGUCUGGAUCACAUUAGAUUGCUAGAGCAUAUGAGCAUCAGAAGCAUGGCUGCCCCUUCGCAGCGUAGGGAUCACGACUUGGAAUUUGGCGGAGCUCGUGAACAUAUAUUGGUGCAUAGUGGAUCUUGGCUGCGAAUACCCCAUUGCAGUUUUUCCUCUUCCCAUACAGUGAG